AUGUCCAGCGUAUUACGACUGGCUCUGGCUGGGGUAGAAAAAGACACCGCACCCCAUGCCGAUCAUAUGUCUUCCUCGCACAAAGCACAGAAACAGCUGCCUUCACAGGUUUCUGGUCCCAUACUCACCAGCCCAUGGGCCGGUCAAAGGCACGACGACGCACCGAGCAGGAUGCCUCGGAAACAUUCGAGGCGGAGGGAGCUGGCGACCCAUCCCGCCACCGAGUUGCCCCACGGCCGCCUGAUCCCUGAAGCGGCUCUGGCCACCGAUGGUGGGAGGGAGGCGCCAAGAACACGCAGGCGUCUCCCGGGCACGUGUAUCCCCGAUGCCUGAACUGGCACGCGGGCGCAUAGUGAGGCGUUGACGGACGGUCAGAGUUGGACAGCGGCUGCCGUGCUCCGUGGACGUUGUUGUCCUGUCACAGACUAGGCGCUCCAGGUCGGAGGCCUGGCGCGCACAGGCCGUAUCAUGGGUGCCCAAUCUCGGCCUGUCCACGUGGAAGCAUAAUGCGCCUGGCCGAUGUAGAUUGUGAUGGGGGAGAUGUAUCAGCUCGAUUGUUGGUCAUCAAGUCUAC